GAAAGAUAAAGAUGAGCGGAGAAGGAAAAACAGUUUGCGUGACCGGAGCUUCAGGCUUCAUAGCUUCGUGGCUGGUCAAGCACCUUCUCCGGCGAGGAUACACAGUCAACGCCACCGUUCGCGAUCUCUCCGAUCCCCUGAAAACGAAGCAUUUAGUUGAGCUCGAUGGAGCCAAAGAGAGACUAAAAUUGUUCAAAGCAAAUUUAACCGAGGAUUGUUCCUUCGAUGAAGCAAUUGAAGGAUGUCAUGGUGUGUUUCAUGUUGCUUCUCCAUGUACAUUUACCACCAAAAAGGAUCCUUAUGCUGAAAUAGUUGAGCCAGCUGUGAAAGGCACGAUCAAUGUACUAAAUUCUUGUGCGAAAACUCCUUCUGUAAGACGGGUUAUUCUAACAUCGUCGAUUACAGCUGUUUCAUUCACAACUAGACGUUCAUCCGAAGGUGUGCUCGACGAGACUUGGUUUUCUGACCCUGAACAUUGUAAGAAGAAUAAGUUGUGGUAUCAACUUUCAAAGACUUUAGCGGAGGAAGCUGCAUGGAAAUUUGUAAAAGAGAAAGGAAUCGACAUGGUUGUGAUAAACUCGUCAGCGGUUAUCGGUUCUAUGUUUAACUCGUCGCUCAAUUUAACUUGUGUUAUUGUUUUGAACCUCAUGAACGGUUUGCAAUUAUAUAAAGAUCUAAUUGGAUGGAUAAAUGUUAAAGACGUUGCGGAUGCUCAUAUUCAAGCAUUUGAGAUUUCUUCGGCUAAUGGAAGAUAUUGUCUUUCCGAGCGAGAGCUCCGCCUAUCAGAUGUCGCAAAUGAACUCGUUAAACUUUAUCCUUCUUUCAUUACCAGACUUCCUCAAAAGUGGGAAGAAGAUGACGAAUUUUCGGUACCCUACCCGGUAUCAAAGGAAAAAGCGAAAACUUUGGGCAUAAACUUCAUCCCUUUUGAAGUCAGCCUCAAGGAAACUGUUGAAAGCCUAAAGGAGAUGGGAUUAGUUAGUUUCUAGUUUGUCUUUUUUAUCAUUUUAAAAUCAUAAUUCAACUUUAAUUUAAAGCGCUUUUAAUAGGAUAAUAAAAUGAGAAUUGUAUUCUCAUGAUAAUAAGUAAUAAGUCUCCUAGAGUCGCAUUAAUGUGACACGUUUUCUUCAGAAUUUUGUAUGCUUUGUUUUUUUUGUUCA